AUGAGCGGGCGACAGUGGGUAAAACAGUACCUUAACUUCAUUGACGAGAAUUUUCAUAUCAAGAAGGGCAGGAUUCUAUGUGGCGCGGCUGUGGAUAUCAAGGCGUUUGGAUUGCUGUCGCCAGCAUCCAUCGGAGAUUACGUUCUGUUGGGAGAUACCUACCGCGGUCAAAUGCCGUAUCUUUACAAAGUCGACUUCGGCAACAUAAUAACUGUUGGGGACGUGAUGUUCUUCGAUGGACGCAAUCAGUUACGUCCUGAACUUGAGGUGAUCAUGAAGAAGCAUGCCACGCGUCCUAUUUUUCAAUUCUCGCAUUGGAUCGCGGCCCCCAAUGCAGGUGGCUCUCGUGAUUGCGAGAUUAAACAACUUGCCGGCUUCAACGCGCUCCGUGUUCCUCGCGUUAUCAAUUUUCUUCCCAACUGA